GCUUACAGUCGAGCCAGCCCAGUCUUCACGGUCAAAUUUCCCUUUCUGUGCCGGUCGCGUACGUACAUUACUACAACGGCGCUGCAUGAAAACCGGCACAAUGUCCAAAGUGAUCGUAAAAACGGUUGCCUCGAAGAAACCGGUGGAGUACAAGGACUAUCAGAACUUCUUGCAGAACUACAAGAACGGCAAGAAGGACGAUCAGAUCAGUGUGGUGUCUAGUGACAGUGGUGUGAACAGCCCUUCGGAAAGGUCGCCCGUUGGAUCGUCGAUUAGUUUAAAUACUGACGGUUUCGAGCUGGACGGCACCGCAAAGAUGAAAACAGAAAUUUGCAUCGACAUUACUCAACCGACACAAAUUAAAAUUCAGUUGCAAAGUAAUGGCACAUUGCAACCGGCAAAGGUAACACCUAAACCCAAUGAAAAUGUUAUUCAAACCUCGAACUUUAAUCGAAGAGGCACUGUUAGGAAAAUGUCCAAGAUCUUCGACCAAGAGGGCGAGAAAAAUACAAAAAUAAACGCAGUAAACAGUGCUCCAAAGCCGCCUCUUCCAUCCACUCAAUAUCAUAACAGACCUUCUUUGGAGAAAUCUAAGAGGGAACCAGACAAUCAGUUCCCAACUCUUAAAACAAACGGAACAAUGUCAGCUUUAGACAAAUUGUUGUUGGAGGACUUGAAGAAUUCCCAACAAAACAUUCCAAAUCCUGAAAACAUCGUAAUACCCGCACCAGUUCUAUCAGUGGACUCGGAAAUGAACAAAAUGUCGUUGCAAGACAAAAACGAUACCGUCGUAAUGGACGCUGAAAACAUCUUCACAUGUAUUAAAAAGGCCGAGCCAGAUGAACCAGAUGUUUCAUUCCCAAAACCGGCACCCACACCCAGUGCACCAGCAAUCGAAGCGGCAGUAAUACCUCCUCCAUCUCUUCCAACAAAUGCUUCCAACAAGCCUCCUCUAUCUCCGAAACCUGUUAUAAAUGCCACCCAAUUCUCGCCUCCGCCACCGCCACCCCCCAUGCCCACAGCUGUGCCAACCGUAAAGGCAUCCUAUCAAGGCACCCUGAAGCCAAAUCUUCCAAAACCCGUUCCACUGCAGACAACCGACUCCAAGGAAAUAGAUGCGGUGUUAAAGUUAGCUAAGAGGAAAUUGGCCUAUGGCACUUUGAGGGGUCUGUGCGACGCUUAUCACGAUAAGGCCAACAACUACGUAGCCACUCUUCCCCGUAGUUCCGUGCACCAAAACAAGAACAUACAGAACAUCAUCCAGUCCAUAGCGUUGCAAGGUGGUUUGGACAAAUUAAGUGGUCGGGCGAAUCCGAAAACGGAAUAGAAUUACCCUAUUGUAUAUAUGCAAUAUUUUAUAUCUUCCGCCUAUUUUCUAUGAAGAUAAUUGUAAAUAGUUAAACAUAUAGUUAUUAUUAUACCUUAUAUACAUAUUAAUAAAACUAUUUUAUUUUUUUAAA